AACUUCCUUAUAAGCUACGACUCGCUGGUACAGUAAAACAAGUUGUUAUUUGGAGGUGUGAUGGAGGGAAAGAAAUUGAUCUUCAUGCUGAAUAUCUUCAUACGCUCGAGUGUAUGGUAUGGAACAAUGUAAGAUUUUUUUUCUCAUUUGUUCCCACGCUGGAAAAUGUAACGGUUUGUCCUUGGUGGUCAAAUUCAUACAUAUUUAGUCGUGGUGCAAGAGAUUUAGAUGAUCAGGUUAAAUCUUUAACCCUCGGUGCGUUUGCUGAUGAGGUAAACUACUCCCCAGUAGAGAUCCCAACAGAGAUUGAGACGUUCAGAAGCCUUAGGACAUUAAGCUUGACACUUAUUUCCAAUUAUGAGGUUUUACAUUUAGUUGAACCAUCCGAACUCUUGGAUUCUUGUCCUCUUCUCCGAAAUUUCAAUUUGGUGGUGGUAAUAAAGAAAUCGCGAAGAAUAAAUGAUGUAAGAGGAAGAAGAAGGCCUCAUAUAUCGCCUUGGUAUCACGAUAAACUAAAACAAGUUACAUUUGGUGGAUUUUAUGGAACAGAAUCAGAGAUGAGACUUGUUCUUUAUGUUCUGACAGUUGCAACGGUACUUGAGAAAAUGUUUCUCAGCCCUGGCUACGAAAAUUAUUUCUCGUCAGCACCGCAGACUAAAUUGAAUCUUUCAUUCGAUGAAGGAAAACGCAACUCAAUCCAACAAAAACUACAUGGACGAGCUAUCUCUAGGAAAGCUGUCAUGAUCAUCCAAUAAGUUGUGGUGAUUUCAUGGUUGAUUCCCGAGAUUCUAUUAACUACGACACCGAUAUAUUAUUAAUUUACGUUGCUUACAGUGUCAGCAGAGUCUUAUCUUGCCUUUAAUCUUGUUCAAUGCAGAUAGCUUUCUUUCUAUGUACAAGACUCUGUCACUCAUGUACUGCAAGAAUUUUUGUUAUGUCCAUGCAUGAAAUCUUAGAAGCUAGUUGACCAUACAACACGUAGUUUUCUUUCAUUGUGCUCAUCAGAGAUAAUAGUCGAGAUAGAAGCUCCAAAAAUGAUCAAAGAGAUGAUUUAUAGUUGCCUUUCUUUCAAGGACCAAUUCAUCUUUGUAGUAAGAGUGAUCAUACAGUGACAGCAUCUACAAGUUCACAAUUUGAUGUAGUAAAUAGGUGAAUUUCAUUUUGUCUUGAAAAAAAAACAAUACCAUCCAAAUGUUAGUGAAUAAGCGACAUCCUUUAACAAAAAAUACUGCUUAUAAGAUCAACAUAUGCAGCUCAAUGAAUAAGACACUUCUAGUCCUCUAUUUGAGAUUCACUACUUGUUCUCCUUGAUUCCCAUCUUCAAAAGUAAAAUUUUGAAACAUAGCCCUCAAUCGAGACAAGAGGGAGA